CAUCGACACCCCUCUUUUUUUUUAACAAAAUUUCAAAACAAAUAAAAAUUUAGAUCGAUUCCAGUCACAACGGACAAUUCUGCACCUUGAAAUGAGUGGCAGCGAUCAUGGAUGAAGACAAUUUGUCCCGCCAGGCAGACGAAAUUGAGGCUCUGUCCUCCAUCUAUGGGGAGGACUGGCGAGUUGUAGAUGAGGCUGAGAGACAUUACUGUAUAGAGAUCACAGAUGGCAAAGAAAAGCCCAAGUGGAAAAUUACCCUCCAGGUGACUUUGCCUUCUGACUAUCCAGGUUCUUCCCCACCCACAUAUGAAAUCAAUGCCCCCUGGCUCCGAGGAGCUGUGAGAUAUGAAUUACAAAACACCCUUGAGGAAGUUUAUGUUGAAAAUGCAGGGGAGAGCAUUAUAUAUUUAUGGGUAGAGAAAAUCAGGGACUACCUUAGCAGUAAAAAAGAUGAUUUAGAGCUUGGUUCUAGUGAAGCUGAUGCCUGCAGUGAUGACAUGAAUGUGAACCUGAAAAUGCAAGAUGUGGUUGAUGAGGCUACUGGUGACCUUCACCCUGAGCCUGACCUUGACCUGAGUGACCUCUCAGAAGAGGUGGAGUCACUUGAAGUUUUGCCCCAGACAUUUCACAAACCAGACCUUGUGGAGAAAAUUCAGUGUCCCGUGAUUCACCAUGGCGAUCCUGUGAAGGACCGUAAAAGUACAUUCCAGGCCCACCUGGCAGCCGUGAACAGCGAGGAAGAGGUGCAGCUUGUAAUGGAGAAACUACUGGAGAAUAAAAAGAUUGCCAGUGCCACGCACAACAUACUUGCCUAUCGAAUUCGCAAGGAUGGUCAACAUAAUGUGAUUGCACAGAACUGUAAGGACGAUGGUGAAACACAUGCGGGGUCCCGUAUGCUGCAUAUCAUGCAGAUUAUUAAUGCGUUAAAUGUUAUGGUUGUUGUCACGAGGUGGUACGGUGGUGUUCACCUGGGCCCAGACAGGUUCAAACAUAUUAACAACUGUGCUAGAACUCUCCUCCAACAGCAUGGUUAUAUCAAGGAAAAAGAUGAAAAGAAAGGGCCCAAGAGUAAAAAGUAAUUUACUUUAUGGACAUUUUGUUUUAAUUUUUUUCUUUCCAUUUUAAAUGGUGUUUAUUAAUAAGAAAAGGUUGGGUUGUGAAACAUAUUUAAGUUU